AGAGCUGUGUUAUAAGACAUCAGUUAUAAGACUGUAUUUAGUCUGUUGCGUUAUGGAGGUUUCUUUCAUUGUGUGUGUCCUCAUUGGCGUGUUCCUGGGCCCUGCAGAUGGACAUGUGGUAGCUAAUUUCUGGGAUUCACCUGAUUGCAUCAAGUACUUCUACAAGGAGAAAGUUCCAGAUUUGGGAGCUUCCCUGCCUGAUGUGGUCCGUUUAUGUCAGCGCUUCCUAAACACGUAUCACUUCGCCACACUGUACAACACAUACUACCGCACAGCUGUCUAUUCUGCUUACAUAUUUCAACCAAGCAACGGUGGAGGCAGAGAGUCACGCUGGUUUGUAGAGCCACAGUUGGUGAAUCCCUCAUGGUCCAGUGAAAUGGAAGAUGGGUAUAAGCUGUCACAGCAGAACCCAAACAUCUAUUUGGGAGAAAAACAGGCUCUGAAUGAAGAUUACAAAAACUCAGGUUUUGACCGUGGACACUUGAACCCCAAUGGACAUCAUGCAGUUCCAAGUCGUAAUGCCACCUUUACCCUGACCAAUGUGGUGCCUCAAAACCCAACGCUGAAUCAGAACGCUUGGAACAAACAUGAGUCUAAACUGACCAGCUUGUUCAAUGCCAACUGUCAUCAGGCUUAUGUGCUGGUUGGUGCCAUUCCUUCCUCUAACAACUGGAUCAUCAAGAACAAUGUCAAAAGGGUCAACAUCCCAGAGUACGUCUGGAACGCUUACUGCUGCGUCAAUCAAAAUGGUCGCCCCAUCCUAAGCGGUGCUGCAACUGCCCUAAACACAGAGCUGAAUGUUGUUGUAGAACACACCUUAGAUGAGAUGGUCAACUUCCUUCAGCAGUUCUCUGAUGCACCGGUGAAUGAGCUGUUCAGCGGCCAGUGCAAAUCUUAGGCUAACAUU